UUGUCCAUCAAUUGGCGUGUUUCAUCCUUCUUAUAAGAUGUUUAAACAAUUUUUUGGCGGUUUUUGGAAUGUUUAUUUUAAUCUACCUGCGCACAAGUCUCAAAAAAAUCAUCUGCGCAUUCCAAGUGAAAAUGGUGGGAGUUGAAGUCCUCGGUGAAGAUUCAAGAGCGUUUGGUCUGAUAAUCAGUCUUACUUUUGCGUAGUGUUUAACUGGAAAAUCACUGUUUUAGUGAUUGUGUUGAUCUUUUUCGAUAACAGACUAACAUAAAACGUAACUCGAUCACUAUCUUACAACAAGACAAUCAAGUCACAAAAUAAAAUUUAUUCAAUCAUUUAAUAAUUAUCAACAAUACUGUUUUGUUUUACUAUUAACCAACAGGUUAUUAAUUAUCAGUGAUUUAUUAUUGCCUAUAAAUAAAAGCAACUAAUAAAAAAUAAUAAUAACAAUAAUAAAGUUAGGUUAUCUAAUUGUUUUUUUUUUUUUUAAAUUACCAUUGACUUUUUGAGUAAAAUAAAUCAGUUGUAAAGUUAAAAUAAAUUCGAACGAAGAAGACUGUGGUAGCUGACUGCAAAAAUAAUCAUCGAUUAAAUAAUUAUAACCAUGGGUGGAAUGACUCAGAGAUCAUGGACACCAACGAAAAGGAGAGGUCCUAUUGCUGCUGAAUUUGCUAGCCCUGGUCCUGCUUGUGUUACCCUACCACCUCUUAUUGGUAAAACUGUUCCUGAUUCUAAACGCGAAAGAGCUCCAGCAUUUUCUUUUGGAAGCAGACAUUCCUUGAAGAAUGAUAGCCCUGGUCCAGGACCUGGUCAAUACAAUGUUUCUGGAUUGAGUGCAAAAGGAAAAGAUACAACACCAGCUUCAUCACUUCAUGGUCGGAAUAAAAUAGAGAAAGUCGAUCCAACUCCAGCUCCCGGGGAUUAUGAUCCACAGAAAGCUGAGAAAAUUAUUCAAGACAGUUCACCGAAAUAUUCAUUUGGCAUCAAGACUCAAGUUGAAAAGAAAAGUACUACUCCAGCUCCUGGUGAAUAUGCAGUUGAAACAGUGAAUCUCAACAAGUCGCCGCAAUUUUCAUUUGGAUUAAAACCUUUAGUAGAAAAACCAAAUGAUGUUCCUGCUCCCGGAACAUAUUGUCCGGAGAAGGUAAAUCUAGAUAAAGCUCCUGAAUUUAGUUUCGGUCUGAAACCUCCAUUGAAACAAGCUAAUGAUACUCCAGCACCUGGUACUUAUUGUCCAGAAAAAGUUAAUCUUGAUAAUACACCAAGGUAUUCAUUUGGGUUCAGGCCACAGUUGGAAAAGCCAGCAGAAACUCCAGCACCUGGCACUUAUUCACCUGAGAAAGUAAACCUAGAUCACUCUCCUCAUUAUACUUUCGGUCAUAGAAGACCUUCAGAUAAACCAUCAGACAAUCCAGCUCCAGGAACUUAUUCCCCGGAAAAAGUAAACCUGGACAAGGGUCCUCAGUAUAGUUUAACAGGCAAAGGACCUUCAGAGAAGCUCAGUGAUACUCCAGCACCUGGGACGUAUUCUCCUGAAAAAGUAAACUUAGAUCAUUCUCCUCAUUACACAUUCGGUCAUCGUACACCUUUGGACAAACCUUCAGACACUCCAGCUCCUGGAACGUAUGCUCCAGAGAAAGUGAACCUGGAUAAAGGUCCUCAGUACAGUUUAACAGGCAAAGGACCUUCAGAGAAGCUUAGUGAUACACCAGCACCUGGAACUUAUUCUCCUGAAAAAGUGAACUUAGAUCACUCUCCUCAUUAUACUUUCGGUCAUAGAAGACCUUCAGAUAAACCAUCAGACAAUCCAGCUCCAGGAACUUAUUCUCCGGAAAAAGUAAACCUGGACAAAGGUCCUCAGUACAGUUUAACAGGCAAAGGACCUUCAGAGAAGCUCAGUGAUACUCCAGCUCCUGGCACAUAUUCUCCGGAGAAAGUAAACUUAGAUCAUGCACCACAUUAUACUUUUGGGCACCGACCAUCCCUAGAUAAACCCUCAGAUACUCCAGCACCUGGAACUUAUUCUCCUGAAAAAGUAAACCUAAACAAAGGCCCUCAAUACAGUCUAACUGGGAAAGGUCUUCCAGAAAAACCUGAUACCAAUCCAGCACCAGGCACAUAUUCUCCAGAAAAACACAAUCUUCAACAAUCACCUCAAUAUAGUUUUGGUAUCAAACAUUCACCUUACAAAUCUGCUGAAACUCCUGCACCUGGUACCUACGCUCCAGAAAAGGUGAACCUAGACAAAACACCAGAGUAUAGUUUCGGUUUAAAAACACCUCUAGAGAAACCAUCAGCUACUCCAGGUAAUUCUGACUUUCUACCUACAAUCAAUUGUUGCUUAAUAUUUUUUUAUCCAACACUAUUGUUAUCAUCACUAGGACCUGGCCAAUACAGUCCAGAAAAUGCAAUGCUUAUUUGGAAAAAAGCAUUACAAUUCACAUUUGGCUUGAAACCACCCAUCAAUCAAGCUACUGAUGUUCCAGCACCCAACGUCUACACAAUUCCAUCAGCUUUAGGCGCAACGAAAGAAGGAAACAAAAAAACAGCUCCAGCUUACUCAAUAUCUAGCAGACAAAAAGAAUUUACAGAUGAUCGUGUUCUGGUUCCUGGACCUGGUGCAUAUGAAGCUAUUAAAACAGAUAUCGUUAGAGUUAAGAGUGCUGCUUAUACGAUGAGUGGUCGCUAUCAACUGCCAACUGAUCAAGAAAAAAUUCCAGCGCCUGGAGCUUAUUCACCAGAAAAAGUUCUUCUAGACAUUCCGCCAGCCCACACAUUCGGUAUAAAACACUCUCCCUAUAUCUGCAAUCCUAAAGAUGCCGUCUGUUAAUUUAAAUUGUCAUUAUUAUUAUUAUUAUUAUUAUUAUUAUUAUUAUUUUAUAUCAAAUGUUUAUAAAAUUGAUUGCUUAUUAUCAUCGACUAAUAAUUAAACUUCAACUUCAACUAUAUUAAUGAUAG